AUGAGUUUGUCCGAGCAACCCAAUGAGCCCCCUGUCGGAGCUGUUGAACGAGCAGCUCCAGAUCAAACAAAAGAUGUCGACGAACUGGCAGAGAAGUAUGAUAUCCCUGCCCAGUUCGAACCCAGGGCCGCCCGACCUGGAGAGGUUGCUAGUCGACCUCCUCCCGGAUUCGUGGUGAUCUACAGGGACCAGCUGAUGGCCGGCCUUCGCCUUCCUAUCCCCAAUUUCCUUUUCGAGAUCCUCACUUUCUGGGGCAUCCGCAUAACCCAACUCAUCCCAAAUGCUGUUCGUUCCAUCAUAGGUUUUUUCAUUCUUUGCCGCGUGCUCGAGAUCCCCUUUUCACUUGAUUUGUUUCGAGCUUUCUUCCAAAUGAAGAUUAGCGGCAAAGUGCCCGGGUGGUUCUACUUCGCUCGUAGGAGCGGAGCAAAAAUCCCUACCCUCGAACUAUUCGCGGGGGUGCCUUCCUCUAUCAAGGACUGGAAGCCCCAGUUCUUUUAUGUGAAAAACCUAGGCCUUCCUCCCCCGACUUGGAGAGCGGAGACUCAAGUUUCUGAUCUCAUUCCUUCCCCGCUCCUUGUUGAAGAGGUUUUCGCAGCUCUCUUGACUAUCGGGGGCACCGACAGCUCGAGCGCACCCACUCAAGCUCCCUCGACAAUCCCGGCCAGCUCAGCACCUGUCCCGCCAGUUCAACCAGUCUCUGCUAAGUCCUCCAAAGCUGCUGAGCCUGGGAAGAAGAAGAAGAAGAAGACCACUGAUAAGAGAGUCAAGGUGGAGACGAUCUCGUCCCCAGCUCGGGAGGAGGGGCCGACGCCUAACCCUGCCCAGGCCGGUCACUAUGGCGUCAACACCCCCGAGGAGUAG